AUGAUUCAGACGGAUCACCAGUCUAUGAAUACUCCGAUCAAGGUCUGCUUUGCGCAAUCGUUCUACAAACGACGUGGUGGUCUUCAACUCUUCCACAUUGCCAUCUAUGGUGACAACUUCGAUGUGCUAUGCAAGCUGAUCCAGAUCUAUCUUCCAGAUACAUCACUCACGGAGCCCCUGGAGGACCAUCUCAAACACUUCCAUGUCUCUCCCGUGGUUGAGGCUUGUGCGACUGCUAACGAAGAGAUGGUCUUAUGGUUGAUGAACCACGACCCACCGUUGGGAACGUUGCACUAUCGGGAUUCGGAGAGCUGA